AUGAUCCCCUUCACACUGAUCCUGAUAAUCUGCGGCGAAUUCACCCCGUUAAUCGUCCCUAUUUUCGGAUCCGCAAUUACGCCGGCUACAUGUCGUGUCCCGAGCCAGAUAACCAAGGAACGGGAAACUGGUAGUAAGAGGAAAUAUCUCGCACUUACGGCGCACGCCAAUGCCCAGGCGGCGCAACAGGUCGGCACCAUGCCGGCAACCGUCCAAAUCGGCAGUGAGCAGGAAAUGGCAUUACUGGCGACACGAUUUGCGAAUGCUGAGUUUGCGCGGGAUGCGGAUGCGAGUGCCGUUUUGGCUGCUAGUGCUGUUUUUGGAAUCGUUAAGAGUCAUCAACCCCGGUUUGGGGGUUUGUUGAUGGGAGCUGUGUACAGGCCGAGGUUGAGAAAAUACCUUCGUUAUCUUGAGAUUGAUGAUGGGAUGAUUCGGGAUGGUGGUGGUGUUAGGGGGUUGAGUGUUGAGGAGGUUAGGUUUGCGUUGGAGGAGCGUGGGCUUGGGGAUGUGGGUUCUAUUUUAAGGAAGGGGAGGAAGGUUGAGGAUGUUGAGAGGAAGGCUUUGGAGAUGUGGUUGGAUGCCAGGAAGGGUUGA